AAACUCUUAGGCAUCACCUUCCAAAACUACCGAGGCAUGUCUACCCAUGUGGUUCAAACGAGACAACGCAUGAACUUUAGAUUACUACAACUUGCAGCAAUCUCCUCCACCACAUGGGGACCGAAACGUGAUGUCCUUCGAGUCUUCUAUCUGACACGAGUUCAAACCCAGACACUCUACGGCUUUGAGAUCUGGUAUUGGGAUGCGGCUCCCACUUCACGCAAACCCCUCGAUGCAGGACAAAACAAAGCUUGCCGAACCAUAGCAGGUAUCCCAUAUGGGUGUCGCUCCGCCGACGCAUUACGUGAAGCCCGUCUUCUCCUAUUAGAAAUGACGGCCAUGAUCCGGAGCCUAAAAUAUUUAAUGCGAUGCCAAACACGAGGUGGAUCUCUCAAAGAAAGCGCAGAACAAGUUUAUCAAGAAACCCAUCCAUUACGAGAAUUUUAUGUACGCAUCACGAAAAUCUAUCCAACACUCGUUAUAGAGCCACUGGGGCACUCCUCUACUGACACCAACUCUACGGUUUGGUAA